GCCGCGCCUUCAUGUCUUUAACGCUCGUCUCUUCGGCAUCUCUUACAUUUAGGUGAUUCGUUCUUCCUCGGGCUCCGAGCAAAGCCAGGGCCUAGUUAGUACAAAUAUACAAAUAUGAUAUUGUGUGCUGAUGACUGAAGACCAGAGAGACCAAAAUGAAGAGGAGACGAUUUGAUGGUUUCCUCUUAGAGGUUUUCGUCCGAAUCGGACUUCUGCUUAUUUUUCUUGUGACCGAGCAGCUGCCUCCUUUUUCCCGGCAGAUCCAGGCAGAGGAGAUGUGGCUUUACAAGUUCCACCGUGUUGAAGUCGACCAUGUGCCCACCUUACUUAUGUUUAGUAUAGCUUGUUUCACUCCACUUCUUGUGAUCAUGGCUUUUACGGUCAUGAAGAAGACCCAAAAUGGAGAUCUGAAAGAAUCUUAUCUCGCUGUGACUCUGACCCUGGUGUUAAAUGGCGUUUUCACAAAUGUCAUCAAGUUGAUUGUUGGCAGGCCACGACCAGACUUCUACUAUCGCUGUUUCCCAGAUGGCAUUGAGAACCCACAGCUGCGGUGCAGUGGAGACCCAGACACUAUUAUUGAGGGCAGGAAGAGUUUCCCCAGUGGGCAUUCUUCAUUUGCAUUUGCAGGACUGGGGUUCACCGCUUUCUACAUCGCAGGAAAAUUGCACUGCUUUACCCCAACUGGACAGGGCAGAUCAUGGCGUCUGUGUGCCUUCCUCACUCCUUUACUCUUGGCAACAGUGAUUGCCCUGUCCAGAACCUGUGACUACAAACACCACUGGCAAGAUGUUUUGGUUGGGUCGAUACUGGGUCUGGCAUUUGCCUGGCUGUGCUAUAGACAGCACUACCCUGCUCUUCAUGAUCCUGACUGCCACAGGCCUCUGUGUCAAAGAGAAAGUAUACCAGCUGCACAGGAACGCAAGCUAACCAACUUCAGCUACUCCCUGCCUCUGUAGAUCCACCACUGUGGAUAACUUGUUUUCCUUUUUUUUUUCAAACUUAUACUAUUACUGCAGAUGUGUUUUUCCUGAAUUUCACAAUGCACAGUAUGUAUAAAACAUCAAGGCUUAUUGAAUAAUUUGAUCAUUUCCAGGCACCAUCAGUGCAAUGUUUUAAAAUGUUGCAAACAUGCACUUAGAAAAUGUACUUUUUAUGCUGGAUCAGGGGUCUGUUCUGAUUGUCAUAUCAAUGUCAGAUAUUGUGAACUGAACCUAAAUCCAAAGUCCAAACACUUAUGUUUAUGUAGCACUGUUUCAGGCAAUUACCUGUUCACCGGUGGUCAGCACAACAGUCCUUGAACUAGACAUCACUUGAGUCUGUUUUUUCUGAGCCAGUAUUUGAUAUUGCUCUAUACUGGCAUAACGUGUUUUACAGGUCAAUGCAACUUUGCUGUGGUCAAUAUUUAAACAGGUAAAUUCCAGUAAUUUCAGGCAAAGUGUAGUACAAAAACAAUACAUUGUGCCUUUGUUUUCUACUUUGUUGUAAUACUUGGGAAUGAAGAGCACUGCAUGUUAGUGUAUGGUCUCUAACAUGUCUUGUACAAGAUCAUGUUUCUUUUCAGUCAGUUUUUGACAAAGGUUUAUAAACAGGCAUGCUGCCUUUCUUUACCUCCUUACCUCUUUUCAUGCAAUUUUGAAAUACAUGUAAAUGGUCAUUUUACAUAUAUUUAUUUUUCUUUUUGGGAAAUGUGGUAUCUGUGUUAUGAUUUCAUAAAUCAUGCAUUUAUUUUAUGUUUACAUAGGCUUAAGCCAUUUGCCAUUUUGCUUUAUGGGUAAACUUCUGUUCGUGGGUCACUGAUAUAAAGCUGCUUUUUCCUCAUAAUAGUUUUUAUUUUCUUCCAACUAUUUCCAAUUAUGGAUCUAAAUUUCUUAAUAAAGAAGAAAUUAUCGCUC